CCAACAUUAAUUAACCAUAGGCCUGGGAGAAUAGUUCACAUAUUACAUAUUACUACUAUGUAGCUUGUAAUAUGGUAUUAUGUUGUGAGUGUUAGUAAUUGUCCAUGUAGCGUGACCUAGACCAGUUAGAAAAGUUAUAUAUUAACACCAACGCUGAUAGCAAGGAUUAAGACACAUUUCAGUGGUUGUAGGGAAUGUUAUGGUGCAGCAGUAAGUGUGGGACAUUUCAAACUGUUUCACCAUGCUUUGAUAACAACAUGAAUCUUCACCGGGACGUUAAACGCUCUGAGUAAUGAAACACAACACAUCUUCUAUGUAUCGUUCAUGUUGUUCGUGUUGCCUUUGACUUGUCUACAAAGUCAAAAGAACGACUUCCCAACAGGGGAAAUGGGAACACCCGAGGAUCACGUGAAUGCAGCAGCUCUAUGGUUGUUGUUCCGACCUGAGGGGGCGUUCCCGUGAAUCUCCCCAUUCGGAAACUCAUAUUUCCGAUUGUUCCGACACCACAUGAAUGCGACAGCAGGUAACCGCAUGGACGUAGCGGCAGCUACCGGAAAGUUGUGUGUGCCUGUUUGUGUUGCUCGUUUUUAGACCGUAAAGUUCAGGCACACUUAGCCUACAGCUGCCAUGAUCUCAUAGGAGGCGCCACUGUGUGCAACCACCUCGUGUCUGACUGCGGGCAGAUCCACCGGUCUACCUGCGGAGAGCGUCACAUCACCGGGAUCAGGUUUGGCUUCUGUCCCAGGAGGGAGACACCAGAGGCGGUGGCGGCGGCGGCUGGGGGGAAGCGAGCAGGGCUGCACGCUAAGCUAAAGGCUGCGCCGCAUUAACAACCGCUCCCCACCACCCUCCUCUCAAACACACGGUCUCUUUGCAACACGAUGAACGCGCUGAGACUGAAGUUAACAUCGCAGCCAAACACAAAGAAAUGCAUCCUGAUCGUGACCCAGACAAGGCGGGACCGUGAUAUUCCCGACGCUGCCGUGAAACUAGCGGGCCGCUUGCUGCACCGUGUGCACAGGACAACUGAUACCUGCAAGACGGGAGUCCUACUUUGUGAGAAACCGUAUGAAUGCUCAAACUGCAAGAAGCGAUUCUCCCACUCAGGCUCCUACAGCUCCCACAUCAGCAGUAAGAAGUGCGUGGGUGCAGCGCCCCCCAAUGGCGUCCCUCCAACGUCGAUCAAACCCCCACCUUCCACCCAGACCACGCCAGUCGUAAUUGCUCCCGCCCGCAUGGUCCUUAAAGAGAAGACUGAAAGCAAGCCCCUGCAGGAGCAGCUCCCCGUCACCCAGAUCAAAUCUGAACCUGUGGAAUAUGAGUGCAAGCCUGCGAUGGCGGCAACGGCAACAUCAGCCGGUGCCAACGGAGUGGUCAACGGAGGCACGGCACAGCCAGCUGUUGUUCCAGCUGCAACCCUGCCCCAGGGUGUGGCUAUGGUCGUACCAACAGUCGGCCUCAUGUCACCCAUCAGCAUCAACUUGAAUGACUUGCAGAACGUGCUUAAAGUGGCGAUGGACGGAAACGUGCUCCGGCAGGUGCUGGGUACAGCUAAUGGGGUGGUGACGCAGGGGAAGCAGGGAAUUGUUGUCCAGCAGCCCCAGCAGCAGAUCAUCAGCCUUCCCGCCUUUGUGGACCACGAUGGCACCACAAAGAUCAUCAUCAACUACAGCAUUAGCCCUGCAGCUGCCACCACUGCCACCACCCAGCCUGCACCACUUGUUGCCAAAAACAAUCCAGCUCCCCCUCCCACUGUCACCACUGCUGCAGCCCCCACCCCCACCAAGACAGAUAAACCCCUGACCCCAGAGGUGGCUGACCUCUCUAUUGUAAAGACAGAGCCAGAAUCAGUGGCCAUCACAGACAUGGAGACAGAGGCAGCCACGCAGACAGAAAUGGAAACUGUUAGAACUCCAGUCGCCCAAACAGCUCAGAUGCCAAAAGUCAGCAGCACCAGUACGUGUUUACUAUGCGAUGACUGUCCUGACAACCUGGAGGCGUUACACCUCCUCCAGCACCGCAAAGCAGCCAAUGGGGAGGCUGUUGACUCUGCCGCUUUAGACCCCUCCUUCGCUGCCCUGCUAAGCGAGGCGGGGGUGACGCUGGAAGAGCCACCUGUGGACGACCUCCUCUCACUCCUCAAGACUUACUUUGCCUCCAAUGCCAACCCCAGUGAGGAAGAACUGGCAAAGAUCUCAGAGUCUGUCAGUAUUCCAGUGGAUGUGGUCAGAAAGUGGUUUGCCAAGAUGAACUCUGGGAAAAAUGUGGGCAAAUGCGGCAGCGCUGCUACUGCAGUUUCCAAAAAGACUGAAACUACAAAGUCCAGUUCAGAGGACGUGUCGAAUCAGAACGGAGAUGCAGAGGAAGACAGCUCCCAGGAAACAUCACACAAAGCCUCAUCAGAAUCUGACAGCGCUUCCCCGUCAGACUCUUCAUCACUCGGCGUCAGCACCAGGGACCUCGUCAUCGUGAAAAGCGAGCCAGAGGACCCAGAUGCUCCAGACUCCCAGGCCGAGCCGCUUGACCUCUCCCUCCCUAAAGACAUAGCAGCGGCGUUGGCAAGGACCACACCUCCUGCCAAGCAGCAGGAGCAGCCCCUGAACCUGACCUGCCUGAGGAAGGAGCAGCUGGGGGGUCGAACCAUCUACGUCACCACGCCUCAGACCGGAAGACCUGUCAACAUCGUCACUGCUGCACAGCUGCCCACAUUGGUGGCCAUCGCUGGUCAGGGCACGGUGGGCUGUCUGGGUGCCCUCAACACCUCAACGAAGCGCACCAUCCUCAUCCCCCAGCUCACCUACACCUACGCCACUACAGCUGGCAACGCUACUGGAGCAAAGACUGUCGUACUGAACGGCCAUAAGCAACAGGAGAAGAGGCCGGACAGCAGCUCCGACGGCGUCUCCACAGUGGAGGAGCAGAACGACUCCGACUCAGCUGCACUGAUGAAGAAGCGACGGCUGGAAAACGGCGUCUACCCCUGUGACCUUUGCUCCAAAGUCUUCCAGAAGGGCAGCUCCCUGCUCAGGCACAAAUAUGAACACACAGGAAAACGGCCCCACGAGUGCAGCAUCUGCAAGAAGGCCUUUAAACACAAACACCACCUGAUCGAACACUCGAGGCUGCACUCCGGUGAGAAACCCUACCAGUGUGAUAAGUGUGGCAAGCGUUUCUCUCACUCUGGCUCAUACUCCCAGCACAUGAACCACCGCUACUCCUACUGCAAGAAGGAUGGGUUGAGCCCUAGCUCCGGCUCAGGGCCACGCAGGGCUCAGUCGGAGCUCGGCAGCCCCGGUGCUGGCCCGCAGUCGGACAGUCGGACCACGACCCCGCGCUCUCAACUGGACUCAGACGAGAGGGAGAGCGAAGAAGAGGACGAUGAGGCCAUGUGCAUGGACGACAUCCGGGUCGUGCAGGUGGACGAUGGCGAGUGCGAGAUCUACGAAGGUAACUUUGAGGAUGACGAUGAGGAAGACAUGACAGGGGAGGAAGAGGCAGACGGAGACAAGGUGGAAGACGAGUUCGCUUGUGAUGUGGUGGAGGUGGAGCUGGGGGACGAUCACAUGCAAGAAGAAGAGAUGGAGGAACCACCUGAAGACAAGGAGGAAGCAGCAAGUGCGCAUGCAGAGGAAAUGGCAGACUGUGAAGCAAAUACGGACAAAAGCAUCAGGGAGGGGUCAGAGGGCGCUGAACCCACAGAGGACAUGGUGACAAACGCCAAAUAAAGGAUGGAAAAUCUCUUCGGGACAGCUCAAAUGCCUCGGUCAAUGAAGUCAAGUCAAUUAAGACAAAACCGCAGAGAAGUGAAGAAAGUUCCGGCGGUUGCCUGAUCUUAACGGUCCACUACUGUGUACAAAAACCCAGGUGUGCCUGAACUUGAAAAAAGAAAAAACAAAACAAAACAGUGACUUUUUUUUCUUGUGGAAAUGAAAUAUCAGUGUUAAAAAUUGUUUAUAGAAGUACAGAUUUUAAAGCAGAACUCACCCAUCGACUUGUUAGACUUGUUACUGAGACAUACUAGGUUGUUUUAUUGUUUGUUUUAAUUUGGUCAGUGUUACUAAUCCUGUUCUUGUUUGAAACAUUUUAACCUGUAAAGAUGAUAAAGAUUUCUAUACCUUUUUAUUGCCAAUGAAGUUUCCUAAAUCAGUAUUUUAUUGAGUUCUACGAACAAAAACCUCUGCACUACAGUAUUCCUGGUUUACCUAUGGAUACAUGCCUCAUGCAUUGUAUGCCCUUCAGUGUUAUAAUAUCUACACUAGCUAGCGAGAUGUUGUUCAUGUUAGUGUUAGUCUUUGCUAGCUAGCAUUACUUUUGUUUUCAGUUUGACUGUUAGCCUUAAGGAAAACAAAGUAUUCUUGGGGAGGGUUGUGGGCGGGAAGGGGAGUCCGGGAUGAGAUGGUGGCUUCUGUACGCCAUAACCAAAUUUGUCCUAUCAGGGAAGGUGGAGUCACAACCUUAAAGCCAGCAUCAGGCGCCAAUGUUUCGCAACCCAGCGUAGCCUGUAUGGGUGGAGUCUCCAGGUGAAGAUGCAAAAGCAGACUCCACCUCGCCUGGCUCAGCUGUGGAUCCAAAAACACGUGCGCCCAUUCUUACUAAGCUUCUCCUUAUUUUGGUCGACUUUAGUUCCGAGUCAGUGUUUCAGUGUUAUUAGCUUAUAUAUAUAUAUAUGAAGUCAUACUGUACGUGAAGGAACAGGGCUGUUCCCUGCUCCACCCCAAUGCCUCCAGCCUUAUGCAAGACCUGUGUGCUGUUAAAAGUGCCAUUGAACAGUGUUCUCAUUUCUUCUUCACACAUGUAGCCAGUAUUAUGUCCCUCUGUUACUUACACAAGACCCAUAUUGACUAAUGCUUGUCCACUUGCACAGAACAGCUAAUUUGUCACAAUAACUGAAAGAAACUUCCCAUCAAAUAAAACUUCAAGGCCUAUAGAAUGAUUUAAACCACACAUGAAAGCUGGGAAACACAGUAUUAUCAUUGAUUAUUUAGUCUGAUACAUAACAGAAAAUAGUAAAGAUGGCCUGUUAUAAUUUCCCAGAGCCCACGAUCACGCCCUCAGCUGAAGAGCUAUUUCACACUCAAGGACAUUCAGUCCAAAAUUAUAUAUAAAAAAAAGAAAAGCAGCAAAUAAAAUUAAUGUUUGGCAAAUUUAUUAUCAGUUAUCGAAAAAGCUGCAGCUUAUUUUGCUGCUCUACAAAGUAUAUCUCUUAAAAAAUAUAUGCUUCUGGUCCUGACACCUAUUGUUGCAUAUUUUUGACUUUUAAAGACAUUAACAUUUGCUAUUGAGGAAUAGUUUUCAGUUAUGGCCUUCCUCACAGUCGUAGUUGCUCAAUAGUGCCCAAAAUAUUCAAAUAGUUAAAACAUUUUAGUUUAAAAGUAAAGCGUUGUGAGGCAGAGAAAUGUGCGAGAACCACUGACGAAUAUAUACAUCACUAGAGGUGCAACGAUUAAGCGAUCUAGCGAUAGUUAAAUUUAUCGGCAGCUACUUUAAUUAUUGAUAAAAAAAUUACUUCCAAGAGAAAAAAGUCAAAAUUAAAAGUGAAUAUUUUCUGGAUUCAUUACUCAUCUACGACAUUCAACCUUUGGUUAAAGACAAAAUAAGACAUUUGAGGACAUCAUCUUGGGCUUUGGUAAAAAAAAUGUUGAUCAGUGUUUCCCAUUUUCUGACAUUUUAUAGAUUAAACAACUGAUUAAUUAAUUGAGAAUAUAAUCGACAAUGAAAAUAAUCGUUAGUUGCAGUCCUAGUCCAGACUGAGCCUACCUGUGGAUAUGAAAUGCCUUGUUAAGUUGUGAUAAUCACUUUCCCACUGUUGUUUCUAAAAUUGGAGUCAGCAUGUUUGACUUCAUGUCACAAGUCCGAGUUUUAAAAAUGUUUACAUAAGUGCGAAAAACAGAAAAUGCUCUGUUAAGGCACAAUGAAAUAUAAUAAUAAUAUUCAGUGCUAAAAAUUGCAGGGAAUAUUAUCCAGCUCCAGUUUGACGCUCUGCUCCACCUGGUUGGCUCUGGAAGAAAUGAAAAUACACAAAAUCAGUCGAUUUGAAGGAAAAUGGAGACAGAAGGAUUUUACAGUAAAUUUAGCCAAACUUGUGCACUUGUUAUCAGUUUAUAAAAAAAAUAAGGAAAAAUUGUGGCAAGCUGUCCCGCACUUCAGGUAACAAACGUUAGUGAAUGUGGUCUCUAUCAAAGUGUUUUCAGUUGGUUUUACCGAACAGUGUUUAUGAUAUUAGUCUGUACUAUUUUUGUUUUGGUUUUUAAUGUGUGUCCUCUGUAUGUUUUUUCAACAAUGGCAGUAUUAGAACCCUUUUCACAGAUUAAAAAAAAUGUACCUGUUUAGUUUUUAGAAGACUUUUUUAUAUUUAUGUGUCUUAUUUUUAUAUUUUCUUUAAUGGUUAUUUAUUACACAUUGUAGUGUACAUUACUGUAGUUUGAAUUGAUACAAUAAUAUAUUUUAGUAUGAAAAAUAAUCUCAAGACAAACAAAAAAAAAACUACAACCAACAACCCAAAAUGUGGUUCUGGGAGCUGACGUUUGUUUAACAAAAAAAACCCCAUAAAAAGAUAAAACAUGUAUUCUGUAAACAUGACUUCUGUUUUAAGCUAGAAAAAAAGAAAAAAGACAGGAAUGAAGUGAGAAAUAGAAACUGUUACAUGUGCAUCCGCUCUUUGCGUCGUUAUGAAGCUACUGAAUUCUAAAACUCUGUGAUUUUAAAAGCAUGAGUCGUCGCCGUUUUAACGAAGGAUCUUGUUAUGAAGCCUCCCUUUUUAUUUCGAAGCCAAAUUUAGAAUCGUUCCGCCACCCUGUUUUCUGUUCUGUGCCAACUUGUUCCAUUGUACUGUUGAAGGCUGCAUAUCGUUUGUUCUGUCCUCACCCUUUGUAAAUCCACUGUCUUUUUGUAUUGUUUUUAUUUUAGUUUUGCUCCAUUUUUAUGACUCCCCAUCACAAUAAAAUAUAA